AAUAACCUUUUUCAAAUAAUUAUAUUAAAAUUUCGACAUUUUAUUUAUAAAUUAAUAAUUGCAGUAGUAAAUAAGAUUUUUUCUUUUACUUCUUCUUCAAUAUUCUUAUUUAUAUUAUAAUUCACAAAGUUCACUAAUCACAAGUGUCAAUUGUCAAAAAUGACAAUAUAUUAUAAUGUGUGAUGAUACACGUGUUUACUCCCCAUUUUUGUUAUGUUUACAAACAAAAAUGCACUCAUGGAAUUAUUAUUUCAAUUACAAAUUUUUGUUUUAAUUUGAGAAAAAUGAUAUUUUUUCUGUAAAAAAAAUACGAAAAUAUGGGAUUUUUAUUUAAUAUUUGGCCUUACACAAAAUUUCUUAUUCUUUUUUUCUUUGCGUUUAUUAAUUUUCUAUUCUUUUCCUUCUACUCUGUGACUAAUUAUCUAUUUGAUAAAAUAUACUUUCUAAGAUGUAUUUUAAAGAAAAAAACUGUGGAAAAUCGAGUUGAAGUUUUGCAUUGCAGUAAAUAUUUUUUGGUUGUUAAUAAACCAUACGAUAUGGUGAUAAAUAGUAACGAUCCCAAAGUCACGUGCACUCUUCAAUUAAAAUUGGGAAAAAUGUUUCCAAAUUUAGUGAAUCCAAGUCUUCGGCACGAAUUUUAUUUUGUGCACAGAUUAGAUUAUGCGACGAGUGGUGUUAUUUGUAUUGCUCUCAAUAAACAAUCGGCGCAAGCUGCUUCAAAUGCUUUUGAGAAAAGAAAAGUGAAAAAAUAUUAUUUGGCACUUGUUCAUGGUCAUAUUCACAAAUCACAUAUGAUCAUUUCAAAGCCGAUAGGUCACGAUGUGAGGGAAAUGAGCGAAAGUCGAAAAAUGUGCACCAGUGACAGUAAUUUUUGUCUAAAGCCAAGAGACUCGUCAACUGGAAUUUUAGUGCUUGAACUUGGAUUUUUUAACAAUAAACCAGCAACCAAGGUUUUAUUGUAUCCAAAAACGGGACGUAGACAUCAACUACGAGUUCAUUGUCUUUGUAUUGGACACACGAUAAUUGGAGAUUAUACUUAUAGUGGAAAACAGGACACCGAGCCUCACAGAACUUUUUUACACGCCUUAAGAAUAAUCCUUUUCACUGACGUCGAGAAUUUAGAUGUAAAAACGACAGAUCCCUUUGACACUUCCAUUUCUCAGAAUAAAUGGAAACCGUCAAAAAUUGUUCGAACUUUAGACGAAAGUACAUUUACUGAUAUUAGUGAAUUAGUGCAAUCAGACUUAAUUAAUUAAAAAAAUAUAUAUAUUAAGACGUAUCUAUGUACAUUUUUAAAGAAAAAGAAUAAUUUAA